AUGCCGGAGAAGGCGGUGGUCACCUUACGCUAUGGGCCGUACAGCGCGGUGGGCCUGUCUGUGGAGCACCGCACCUUCCGUCUGCAGGGCCUACAAGCUGUGCUGGCCAAUGAUGGACACCAGGUCAUCCUAGAGAAGAUAGAAGACUGGAAAUAUGUAUAUCUUCUAAUGAGACAUUAAAUUGUACGUAAAGCUGGCCAAAAGAAAAUUGUGUCUGUCCCCCUAGGAGGUGAUGGUAAAUUAGAUCCACUGUGUGAAAAGGCCAGGAUAGCCGUGCUGCAGGCCUACUGA